UUUGCCCUCUGGAAAAGUAGGCUGCGAAAAUUCGCAUUGACACUUUUCAAUUGUUUUUUUCACUGAAAGCGACGCCGUGCAUUUUCUCACCUUUGCACGAGAUUUUGGCCAAUUUUCAGAGUAAACUGGAGAAAUAAUCAUCAAGAUGAACUCCCAGUCAUCGGACCGAAAGAAUUCCUCUUCUGCCAAUGACUUCCCAUCAAUUGUGCCCUACACGCAAUUUGCCACACAAAAUUUUAUUCCAUUGACCCCCUCGCCCGUUCCUACCAUAGCACCCCUCGCUAUAACCCUGCCCCUCUUCUACAAACACGCCAACGAUGGAGCUUCCGGAGGCACAGUGAACGGAGAUGGGGGAUUAGUGUUAAACGUGAAGGGAGAUGCAGGAUCUUGGCGCAGUAGGCCAAUUUCUGGUCCAGAUAGUGCCAAUUUCACCAGGACAGCACUCAGGGGAUGCGAAAUUGCUGAGAAAAUUGUGCAUAAUCACAAAAAUCGACCAUGCUUUAAGAAAAUCGACAGCCUCUGUGCACGCCUUAAGCAAGAUCUCUCGCGCCAGGACAGUGUUCUGGCCAAUAUAAAUUCCCAAGGUCUCGCAUGGGCUGUCAAGGAUAUGAUCUUUACAUUCACACGCAUCGUCAAUGCGUGGAUCAUUGUAAAAGGCUAUAUGUAUGACAUUCCACCGGGUCUCAAGAAGGUCAAGCAAUCGUGCUCAGAGGGAUUUGAUGAGAGUUUUAUGAAAUGGCAAGAAGCCACUUUGGAUUUCCUUGAGAAUCUAACUGAGUCCUUCGAGAAGCUGGAUAAUUUGGUGCAGAGCCAGAAGAAUCGUCUUGGGUCGAAUGGACGAAAGGAAGAUAAGGAUAUCGGGAGGAAGAAAAAUAGUGAUAUUUCGGAUGAAUCAAAAGAUGAUGACUUCUUUGAUGACUUCACUCAAGUGUCUCCUGUAAAAUUCUCUUCAGACUUUUGCAGUGAGACCAAAGUUGAGACUAUCCGAGAUGGAGGAUAUAUUCGUACAGGGAUAUACAAUCCUCUGCAGACGACAAAUUCAAAUCUCCAAAUAGAUUCUCAACAAUUGCUGCAAUGGGAGCAAAGUAUCUUUCCGCAGAAAAAAUCACCUGGUGUUUCUGCAGAAAGUCCAGUGAAACUUGCAACAAAGCACUCACCUGAUAAUCAGCCAGAAAGUCCUGAGAAGUAUCUUGCAUUUCUUCGAGAGAAAUACGGAAGUGAGCAAGUUAAUCCUGAAGAUACACUCAUCUGGAUAUUACUGUCCAAAUUGUAUGAGAUGAAGGAUGCUUCGCUUUUCUUCAAUAAACACUUCACCAAGAACUACGUGCCAGAUUAUGUAGCAACGGCAUUCACCUGUAAAGAUAUGAAAUCAAUUAUGAUUUCAAUUGAAAAGCGUUCCUAUCCAACUUUGUCGGCUGUUGUUAAGGAUCUCGGAGCUAUUAUUUAUGAUGCAAAAUCAUACAUUAAGAAGAAUCCCGACAGUGGCUUUCUUGCUACAAACACAAAGGCCUUCCAGACUGAAUUGAAGAGCAUUCUCAAUGAUGAAAUCUUUUCUCACUACAAUUUUGAUUACAUCUUCAUCGAUCCUUAAAGGGAAUUUUCAACAUUUUGCUAAAUAUUUCAAAGAUUUUCUUAAAUAAUCCGAAUCACUUGGUGAAUUUGCAACUUGAAUUGUGUUACAAAAUUGACUAUUUUUUAUAUUUACGCAAUUUUUUAUAAUGAAUACAAUAUUAUAAUGAAUUUGAAUUGUAAAUUUAAUAAAAAAAAUUAAAAAAUAUAUAUCAUUCGUUGGAAGAAACGGUUAUUUUGAAA